AUGUCAGCUUCCGAGGCCACUGGGUCCCCUCCGCCAAGGGUCAUCCCCAUCCCAACCUGUGUUCUUCAGGAGGACAACCCCAAGGCGAUCGAAGAUUCGCCAUUGUCAUCUGCAUCUACUGGCAUGAAGAUAAGUCAUGAGACAUCGGCCGCCGAAAAUCGCUACCCGAUGGACAAACUUCUUGCCAAGCUUUCAGAGCAACAAGCCGUUCUGAACCAACAGAAUGAGGCCUUGAAGUCGGGAGACGACGACAACUUGUACACGAGGGUCCUGGACCAUGCAUCCUCGAGCAACUCCCUUCCCAUUACGCCUGCUACGGAUGUCUUUCCAAGCACUACCCCAACGACGCGUCCAGCAAGUGCCACACUCGAAGAAACUCGCUGUGACAACGACGAGGUCCUCCGCCUCAAGCUCCAGCUCGCACAGGCUCAGAACGAAAUUUCUAAGCUUGACCAAGAGCUUGCCCAAACUCGGUCUGUCAAGGCAGAUUCCGAAUGCGGCUUUGGACUGCGGGGUGCAGCACCAAUCUCGCGCGACAGUGCUUGGGGACCGCCCGAGGAUGCUCAGUCAGAUACUAGUGAUGCUAUGUCGUCCACCACGUUCAAUCGCACCAGGGGCAUCUGGGGAAACCCAAAAGGCUCGUUUGCCAACAUCACACUACAAGCUCCAGUGCCCGAGCCAUCUCCGGGCAACUGGUUGGGAGGCCGUGGGUUUAACCAAGCCUACUCAGAGCCCAAUGGGGCACCCUACCAAAUGAUGGAUGGGUAUCGAGGUGAGCGCCUCACACCUGAUCCUGACAUGGUGCGUUCCAACGGCGGUCGUCGUGGAAACCGCUAUGAAAGCCGUUUCAACUCCCCUCAGCCGUUCAACAGUGGAUACGGAGGUAGUUACAACAACGCCGCCGGUCAGUCAGAGUUCAUGGGGAAUCCCAUGCCUAGUGGACCCAUGAAUGUCCCCCAGGGAGUUGGACCGAUGGGAAUGGGCAUGUACUCACCUUACCAGCCUCAGCCCGUUGGGACGCCUCUGUCUCCCCACGCGUCUGAGUUCACUUCUAAGGUUGCCUGGAAGAAUGAGGCCGGAGCCCCUGAGGGACAGACCUACCUUCCACCAACGGAGCCACUCAACUACCGCCGUCUGCUGGACCGCAAUGUCAACUGCAACUGGAAGUACAUCGUUGACAAGAUCGUCUGCAACAAUGACCAGCAGGCAUCCAUCUUUCUGCAGCAGAAGUUGAAGGUUGGUACUCCUGAACAAAAGUACGAAAUCGUGGAGGCCAUCGUGGCCCAAGCCUAUCCUUUGAUGGUCAAUCGCUUCGGUAACUUCCUGGUGCAGCGUUGCUUUGAACACGGCACUCCCGAACAGGUCAUCAAGAUUGCUGAGGCUAUUCGUGGAAACACUCUGAGUCUCUCUAUGGACCCUUUUGGCUGCCAUGUCGUUCAGAAAGCCUUUGACUCGGUCCCAGAGAACUACAAGGCAAUCAUGGUCCAUGAACUUUUGCGUCGAAUCCCCGAGACAGUGAUCCACCGCUACGCUUGCCACGUUUGGCAGAAGCUCUUUGAACUCCGUUGGACAGAGUCUCCACCGCAGAUUAUGAAGUACGUCAAUGAUGCGCUCCGGGGCAUGUGGCACGAGGUGGCCUUGGGAGAGACUGGCAGUUUGGUCGUGCAAAACAUCUUUGAGAACUGCUUGGAAGAUGACAAGCGUCCUUGCAUCGAGGAAGUACUCGCCAACAUCGACAUUGUCGCUCACGGGCAGUUUGGAAACUGGUGCAUCCAGCAUGUCUGCGAACAUGGAGGCCCCCCCGACCGUAGUCGAGCCAUUGACCAUGUCAUCCGGUACGCUGCCGAGUACAGCACCGACCAGUUCGCCUCCAAGGUAGUUGAGAAGUGCCUCAAGAUUGGCGGUGCUGAGUUCCUGAGUCGCUACCUCGACCGAGUCUGCGAGGGACGCCGAGAUCGUACUCGCAUUCCGCUGAUCGAUAUUGCAAGCGACCAGUACGGCAACUACCUAAUCCAGUGGAUUCUCAACAACGCAGCCCCACAGCACCGCGAGAUUGUUGCUGCGCACAUUCGGAAGCACAUGGUGUCUCUCCGAGGAUCCAAGUUUGGGUCCCGAGUUGGUAUGCUCUGCACCAACCACGCGGUUACCACUCGCCCCGGUCCAGGUGCUGGGCCUAGCAUGAGUGCGCGCAUGGCUCCUGGGCCUCGCUACGGUGCCAGCUACCGUUGA